GGACUAUCAGAAUACUUUAAAUCGAGUCUUGAAUGACCUGUUUAGUAUCCAAAACCGUAAUACAUUCUGAUAAGUUUGGUAUUCAUGGAACACAAAUGCCAAGAAUUUGGAGUAACGAGCCAAUUAGCUAUCACCACAUUAGCAGCCAAUUUUCACGGAACACCUGCGCUGCACAAAUGACAAUCCUGCCUGCUCACCUCUGCCCAGGAGGACAAUGAAGUCAGUCAUGCUGAAGAAUUGCUGCCCCAUGAGUUAUGUUUGAGUGAAUGAGAUGAGCCAACAGGAUAGACCAGUGAAUACUCACUCUUGACUGACUACAAUCCCAUAUACAUGCUAAAGUAUAAGAAUGGCGUGUAAAUCAAUCUAUGAUUUCUCUGUUGAGACCCUGGAUGGACAGCUGGUUCCGCUCAGUAACUACAGGGGUAAAGUGCUUCUCAUCAUCAACGUUGCCACCUUCUGAGGGUCAACGAUAGAGGAGUACCACCGACUGAAUGCGCUGAUGGAAAUGUUUGGCGACCUCAACUUCACUGUCCUAGCAUUCCCCAGCAACCAAUUUGGACUCCAGUCACCUGAGGUGAAUCAUGAAACCCUCAACAUUCUAAAGUAUGUGAGACCUGGUUGUGGAUUUGUGCCAAAGUUUCCUGUCUUUGGGAGGGUUGAGGUGAAUGGAUUAAAUGAAGACCCUCUUUUUACAUAUCUAAAGGAACUGUUGCCAUUUGUGAAUCCUGUCAUUGGAGAUAUGAAGAAAUUCUACUGGAACCCAAUCAGUGUCAAUGACAUAAAGUGGAAUUUUGAGAAGUUCCUAAUCACGGCAGAUGGCAUGCCCUUCAAAAGGUAUGAACUUCAUUGCCCCAUUGAGAAUGUGGAGAAGGACAUAGCAGAUCUUCUAUGACGGAUUUUGUUUAAAUUCGUCACCGGUAGCAGAGUGACGAUCUCCCAGUAAAUGCACUUGUGCACCUGAGCUGGAUCUGAUGGGAAGAGGAACAGGCGUCGGGGCUUCAGCACAUUCACUCCGAGGACUCGUUCCCUUCAGCUACUGGACAACUCAUGAAUAUAAAUAAAUAAAAACGCUAUAAAAGACGAUUU